UUACGUUGUCAAACACAAAGCCAAAAACAAAACCAGAGAAGCCAAAGUAAAAGAUGGUAGACACAAUCGUCCUACUCCCAGCUCCAGGCAUGGGCCACAUUAUCUCCAUGGUUGAGCUUGGCAAGCUCAUCCUACGCCACUACGCCCACAAAUUCUCCAUCUCCGUCGUCAUCACCACCGGCUCCGAUUGGGACACCCCAAGCAUCCCCGCCUACAUCCACCAUGUCUCCCAAUCCAAUCCCUCCAUCUCCUUCCACAGCCUACCCUCUGUCUCCGUUGACACCACCCAAACUCGCAGCUCCGCCGCCAUAGCAUUCGAGUUUAUCCGCCUCAGCUUAGCCCAUGCCCCACAUGUACUCCAACAAAUCUCAAAAUCAUCUACUAUUCGUGCCCUUAUCAUCGACGUUUUCUGCACCUCGGUGUUUCCCAUAGCCAAAGAUCUCAACCUUCCUGUUUAUUAUUUCUUCACUUCUGGUGCUUAUUGUCUCGCUGCCCUGUUAUACCUUCCCAAGAUCCAUGAGCAAACAACCGAGAGCUUCAAGGACCUCACCACAACUGAGCUUCACUUCCCAGGAAUGUCGUCACCGUUGAAAGCAACACAUAUGAUUGAACCAACACUCGACCGUGACGACCCUGCUUAUUGGGACAUGCUCUACUUCUGUUCACAUCUUCCAAAAUCGAAUGGGAUUAUAGCUAACACGUUUGAGGACCUGGAGCCAAAAGCCUUAAAGAUCAUUGCUGAUGGUGCGUGCGUUCCUGAUUCGCCAACUCCGCCGGUUUACUCAAUAGGUCCUCUGAUUGCUCACUCAGAAGAGCCAGCAGGUGAUGAUGGAAAUAAAGGUGAUAGAGCGCCUGAGGAUGAAUGUUUGUCGUGGCUUGACAGCCAACCGAGUAGAAGUGUUGUGUUCUUGUGCUUUGGCAGCCGAGGAACGUUCUCGGUGGCGCAAGUGAAAGAGAUAGCCCGUGGGUUGGAAAGGAGUGGGCAGAGAUUCUUGUGGGUGGUGAAAAAGCCACCACACGGUGAGAAAAGCAAGCAGGCUGAGAAUUUUGCUGCAGAGUUCGAUUUGGAGGGUAUGUUGCCGGAAGGAUUCCUGGAGAGAACCAAAGAUAAGGGGAUGGUGGUGAAGAAGUGGGCACCCCAAGGGGGUGUGCUGAGAAAAGAAUCAGUUGGGGGGUUCGUGACUCACUGUGGGUGGAACUCGGUGUUGGAGGCAGUGGUUGCAGGAGUGCCGAUGCUGGCUUGGCCGCUCUUCGCCGAGCAGCACCUGAACAAGAACGUUUUGGUGAAUGAUAUGAAGAUGGCUAUUGAUUUGGAGCAGAGGGAGGAUGAUGGGUUUGUGAGUGGGGAUGAGUUGGAGAGAAGGGUUAGGGAGUUGAUGGAGUCGGAACAGGGGAGAGAGCUCAGAGAAAAAAGUUGGAAGAUGAGAGAAAUGGCUUUGGCUGCUUUGGGAUCAGCAUCUGGUUCGUCUUCCAGAGCCCUGACCAAGUUGGUUGAGGCACUUGGAUAGUGUUUGAAGUAAUUGAAAAAUGUGAUGGAUAGGAAAAUGUAAUUGAGCAGGAGCUUCAGUUUUUUUUUCCUCUUUUUAAGAUUAGAAAAAGAAAAUGAAAAAACAAAAAAGGAAAAAAACUCAAGCCACGUAGGCUUGAGUGUAAGAUGGGGGUAGAGUUGAAGUAAGAAUAACAUAUCCCUAGUGUAUUUUCGAUUCUUAUCAGAAAAUAAGUGGUUUAUAUGUUCA